UGCUCAGCAAUGAGAAAAGGACAUGGGUGAUUCUCCUUGCUCUUUUCUUUUAGAAGGCUUUAAUAUUAUUUUCUAAAUUUGAUAUUUCAUAAUCUAGAGUUUUGUUGAUCAAUGGCGGAUACCCAAUUGCAGAAAUCCGGGACAUUAUCAAGGGAACAGUUGUUGUAUCUAUUCGAUCGAUUCUCUCUUCUCAUUCCCAAGCCAGAUUUUAAGGAGAGGAUUGUUGAAGCUGUGAAUGACAAGCAGGAACCGGUUGCUGUCACCACAGCAGUUCAGGAAGAGAUAUUCUUGGAGAUGGGUGUUGAUCCAAGUUUUGGUCUUGCAUGCCUGGGGAAAGUGAAUAUAACUUACGAGAACGAUCAAGAUUUGAUGAUUCGCCAUUAUAGAUUUGUUGCCGAUGAGGAGUUGGCCUGUGAUGAAGCUGAGCUUGGACCAGAUGAAUUUGCUGAAAAGCUUCACAGUCAACAAAAACUGCAUGAACAGCAACUACAGAUGCUAAAGUAUAUGCGCAAAUUUCACCUGGAUGAUCAAUCUGCAAUCCUUGAGAAGUUACACCAUCAGAUGGAAGAUGCUAAUUUUGAUGUCGAGGCAUCUAUUUUGUCAUCGGAGCAGAUUCAAGAGAUUGUUCAAAGGAGGGUGUCUCCCUUAUUUAGGCCAAGGUAAGCGAGUUGACAGAAUGAUGAACCCGGAACUAAAUGGUUUAAGGCUUCCUGCUACCGAUGAUAUAUGAAUCCUCAACCUCUCAGUGCAUUUCCAUCGCCGGAAAGUUAUCUUUAACAUAAUCAACACGAAUCCAGCGGUUGUUAUUCCAAGAAAACUGGGCCAAAUUUCGUUGCGAAGAUGUUUUUACGGUGUUGUUCAGAGUUCCGAGUUUUUUUUGUAU